AUGACCAAAAUAGAUCACAUGUUCGCUUCAACAGAAUGGUUGGAGAUAUUCCCAAGAACCGACCUUCAAGCAUUAGCUUCGCUGGGCUCCGAUCACUGCCCACUCUUUCUUCAGGGGGAUGUCGUUUUGGAUUUCUAUAGGGGUUUCAGAUUUGAGGCGCAUUGGGCACAUAUGCCAGGUUUCACUGAAACGGUACAGGAAGCAUGGAAUAGAGCGGUAAAUACACAGGAUGACAUCUUGCGCAUUCACAUCAAACUAAUACGUACAACAAAAGCGCUCAAGAACUGGAGGAGGAAAUCUCUGGGCGGGUACAAGAUUACUUGGGCAAUUCUCAACAUAACACUGGCCAAUCUCGAGAGGGCUCAAGAGUCCAGAAUACUGACACCAGAGGAGUUAGAAUUCAAGAAAUACCUCAAGACAAAGGCACUAGGGAUAGCAGCGAUACAAAAGGUGAAGCAUGGAUCCAAGGAGCUGGUAUAUGUGGAAGCGGUCAUCAGAUUGUAG